UAUGAGUGCUUUUUCGGAGGAACAUAAUAGGUAAAGGAUAUUAAAUAAAUUAAUUUGAAGAGACAAUUCAAAUGAGCCACCAAGGAAAUAGGAGAACAAUAAGAAAGUUCAUGAGUAUCCAGAGGAUUGGCCUAUGAAUCCAUCACCACGAUUUACUCCUAUGCAAUAUCCAUAAUUAUAUCCUCAUAUUCCUCCUCCCUUCGAUCUUGAAAACAAAGGUAAUAAGGGAAUUUAAUCAGGUUUCAAUGACUAUGAUCCCUAGAAAUAUCUUAAUAGUGACAAAAAGGGUCAAAGUAGUUAUGCAUUUAGAAAACAUUCAUUAGGAGAAGUUCCAUAAAUUGAUCAUAUGGACGAUGAUCCACAUCGUAAUCACUAUCCUUUUGGUUAUUAUCCAAUGAAAUAUCCACCAUAACCUAUGAUGAUGAAAUAUCCCCCUGGUCAAUAGUUUAUGGUUCAACCAUGGUAUCAACCUAGACCUCCUUAAUAAAUGAUGCCACCUUAUUGUUAUUAUCCUCCUUUGUAUGAUGGUCUUCAAUGUUAGAAUACUGUUUCAAAGGAACUUCAAUCUAAAGUCUGUCAAUUAGUUUCAUAUCAAAAGGUUUCUGAUUUUUAGUGCAAUUGCAAAAAAAGUAAAUGCCUCAAACUUUAUUGUGAAUGUUUUGCCAAUAAUGGGGUAUGAUAUAACUUCCUAAAUUUUAACAACAAGGUAUGUUCAUAGAGUUGUAAUUGCCAAGAUUGUAAAAAUAGAAUAGAUAAUCCUUAAGAAAGAUAAAAAGCAAUAGAAGAAGCCUUGUUAAGAAAUGCUGAUGCUUUUGCAUAAAGUUUUUCAACAAAGGGAGGUGUUCAAUUUGUUCAAUAAGGUAUAAUAAUAUAUAAUGAAAUAUAAGAUAAACCAAUAAAAGAACCAUCAAAAGAUAAUUCAAGUGCUAUACGUAAAGGAUGUAAUUGUAAGAAAUCUGGAUGUAAAAAAAAGUAUUGUGAAUGUUACAGUCAGAAUAUUAGAUGUAAUGAUCUUUGUAAAUGUGAACAUUGUUUAAAUAAGACUGAUGCUGAAAUAUAGGCUCAAUAAGAUUUAAGUUAAGAAGGGAUAUAUAAUAAAAGUAAUCAAAAAUAAAAAAAAGUAAAAUUGGAUAAAAAUGAUGAGAAAAGUGAUUCUCCUUUUGUAUAAUUGGAAAUAAAUGUAAAAAAGAAUAAUAAACAUAAAAUAAAGAAUUAAGAGAAUAAUUGA